UCGCAGUGCUGCCUCUGUACUCCAUCGAUCGGAGCAGUCGACGACGGUUCUCGCCGGACACGCUCUCGAGGCUCCUCGCAUCAUCGCGUUCCUUCUCUUCGUCGCCCUUUAUCACCGCCGGCUGUUGGGGCCACCAUCGUAUUGCAUUAGCAGCACCGCGUGCGAACGUGCCCCGUGACAAACGCGCAUAUAACGCGAUCCGCCGUCGCUGUUCCGUUGCUGUUGAAUCGGUGUGUUUUAUGAUCUUGUCCCUCCGUCCGGUGUUCGUGAGUGUGCGUGUGUUUGUUAGCUGUUAGUUUAGGGCACCGAGGCAUAGGCUCCCGCUUUGUCUGAUGGCAUUCCUGUUGACGACGACGAGCUGACAAGCUGACGAGCAGAGGUUUUAGGAUUGCAUUUCCAGCUCACUGCGCUGUCGCUGUCUGUAUUCCUGGAUCCUGGUUCCCUUUGGAGUUACUAGUGUGCAAUCGUGUGCGCGUGUGUUGCGCAAGUAGUGUGCAACUCAAACCCUGAUUUUGAAAUUCCGUUAGCAGAAGUGACGCGUUUGCCGUGUGUUCUGUCGUGUGUGCGUUCGUGCGUUGUGGGUUGAUAAUAUGGAACGAAUCGAACGGAUACGAGCCGCCGGUAACAACAACAACGGCCCUGUAGGCCGCUACCAUCAGCCAACACCACCACCACCGUCAAUAACCGGCGAUGUCGUCAAUGAGCUGCGCCAUCUCAUUGAUCAAUCCGACUGCUACACGGUGGAAACUAUCGAGCUCGGCUACCGGUUGACCGUUAUUGCGAAUCUUCUGCAUGGCUACGUUAUGAACGACGAGGCUCGGCUAAGUGAUCUCUUUGCACAGCUGAACGAGACCGCCCUGUCGGAUGAUCAGUUUGCACCAAAGAUGGCGUUCGUGUUUGCCUCGCAGCAGCUUGGCGCUCUGUCACCGUUGGAUCAGAGUAUUAGGAAUGCCAUGAUCACGAAGCUGCAGGACAACUACGGAGCAAAGGAUCGAUUGAAGCAGGCUGGGCGCCAUCGGUUCUACAACUCGAUCACGCUGCUCGGCGAGUACUACCACCGGAAGAGGGAUGCACACGGAAAGCGGUUUCACAUACUAGGCGAGAAGCUACUGGCCCUGCUAACGUCCGAGUUGGAACAGGAAAUAAAGCAGUGUGGGAAGCAGCAGCAGCAACAGGGGCAGCUUCAGUCGGUAUAUUCUACCAUCGAUCCCGCCUUUGCCAAAGUGAUACUGUCUCAAAUUACGCUGAACGGAGAGGUCGCCAGGGAGGAGCUGCGCCAAGAGAUCACCGAGCUGAUGCUGAUGGUACGCAAGUGUCUGCUGACCGUGUCGAACCUGUGCGAAUGGACGAAAGCCUUUCUCCUGAUGGCACUCGAUUUCUAUCAUGCCAAUCUGCCCCAGGAUGUGUUCGAUAGGCUUUACACGAAGUAUCUCGUAGAAGAUCCGAAACCGGAACCGGAACCAGCACUUGCACCGGUAGCAGUGAUGACAGAACGUCCCGUCCCUGCACAUGUUGCUAUGGAUGCACCAUACUAUGAGCCGCUGUCGCCAGAACCGGCCGUAGGACAUUUGGAUGAUGAGAGCGUCCAAGGAUUGCAUGCUCAUCCUCAGUAUCUAGCGACGAACCAUAACCUUUCAUCACUGCCUCCAUCACCACAACCACCACCAUCACCAGCUCAGAUCGUGGCGGCAGUACCACUAGAAGCACCCCCGAAGGAACGUAACGCCGUGAGCAAUAAGGAAAACAAGCGACGUCCUCCAUCACGCCACGAACAGGCACGAGCACGGCACAGCAGUAAUCAGCGCAAAAAGCUCGAAGAACCGGAAUCCGGGAUUGUUCAUACGGUAACGAGCCCACCGACGACUCCAACGUCGAAGAAGGGCACGACGGUUCCUCCUCGUACAGUAACGCUCGGUGAACGAUCGCCGCCGGAUGGCAAGAAAGCUAUGGUCAGUCCGCCACGGGCGGCAGAAAAACUGGCCAAUCUACCGAAGCUUACGGUCACGACUACAAACACGGGGACACAGUCUCGGAAACCAUCCACUGCAGCUGCUCCACUGUCCCCACGUGGUGUGCUCGUAGUAUCGUCAGGUCGCCAGCAACCAGUAGUGCAGCCACCGAAAAGUCCUAGCAGCAGAGCAGCACGCAACAGUAGCGCUGCUAGUGCUACCAGCAAUACCAAAGCAUCACAGCAGUCCGAUCAUUACAUUAAUAAUAAUAGUAGCAGCAGCAACAGUGGCAGAAGAGGAGGCGGUGGCAAUGAUCGACGAAUACCGUCCAAGUAUAUCAUACCACGGUUUGCCGCUCAACAACGCAAGGAACAGGAAGCAAGAGCAGCGAAUGCAAACGCACAUGCGGCUUCCGCCGCUGCACUCGGUGCACCAUUAAGGAACGGAUCAUCAGCACCGUCGACUAAAGGAGGUAGUGGAGGAAAUGUGUUAAAACAGCAGCAACAGCAGCAACAGCAUCAACAGCAGCAACAACAAUAUGUGAAAAAUACCGGAACCGGUCCGAAAGCAAACGGACAAACCGGCCACCAUCGACCGCCACGUAGUCCCUCGAAAACGAAACCAGCGGAUUGGUACUCGCAUGAUGAUCGUCGUGGACCAGGAUCGCGAUCCAGCCGUAAACAGGACCUACCCAAGAAAACCACGACGAAUGGGGAUGGUAAUGGUGGUCAUUUAGGAGGAAAGUCUGCGAAUCAUCCACAGAACCCUGUGGUUUUGGAUUGGGCUGCCGAAGAUGACUACUAUGAGCCGGAAGCAAGAGCUGUUCAGGAACCACGUGACAGUGGAGCAGAUCGUACGGCGUAUGGACAGCGAAAGGAGCAGACAAUCGACUGGGCUACCGAGGAAGAUGCUAAACCUGUGACGAACGUUGCUCCUGCUCCCACCAAACCCAAGGUCUGGGAUUGGGCCGCUGAUGACGAUGACUACUAUGAACCAGUGACGGUGAACGGUGGCCCGAGUGACAACAACGUAGCGAACAAUAAGUCCGCCACUCCAACCAAACUCAAACCAUCGCCACAACCUAUUCGAGAGCCCAAAAAGUGGGAUUGGGCCGCCGAUGAGGACGAUGAGGAUGAGUAUGUGCCGUACUAUGCUUCCGCGGGCAACAGCAAUACCGUGAAUCUCCCGGAGCGUGAUAUUGGGGCGCUUUCGACGGCCUACAAUGAACGGUUGUCACUUGAGGACGACCGUCGCUCGUCACAGAAACCCAACCCGAACGCCCACGCAUGAGGCAACAACGUGUUAGUGUGUGUUGCCAUGGGCGACAGGUACGGGAUAGAGCCAUUGUCGCCAUUGCGUUGUGAUCGUUUCUCUCGAGAAGGGGGAUAGGAAAAGAUUGAAACAAUUGUACAUUAAGAAUUAGUUUUUACUCAAAGACUGACCAGGGGGAGGAGGGGACACAGAAUCAAUAUCAGAGUGGGCGCAUUUGGAAUACACGAACUCCACACUCUAUGGUACACUCUUAAGCAAACAGCAUUACCCGUGUUCAGUUAGAGACGCAGCAGUAAAUGUUCCAUUCAAUAUGUAUGUAUAAUUUAUAUAUAUAUUUGUUUGUUUUCACUUUUGCUAGCCUUUUGCCUCUUCAAAAUUAAUAUAUAAAUCAACAUCACUAACAUCCCAAUGCGCGUGACACGCAAAUCCUUCUUCCCUCUUUUAUUCAAUUCGGACUGGACAGAGUUUGUUAGUUUGCUUAGUGGGCGCUGCGGCAGCAGGGGUUACUUAGACAAGAAAGUGGUAGCGCGCCGGUACCGACUACUGAUGAUGUACGUACUUUGAAUCUUCGCCGCCUGCCUGAGAACUGAUCCGAGGGAAGGGAAACAUUGUAAAGCGAAAAGAAAGCAAAUGCGUUUCAUUAAACGCCGGCGUAGGCUUAGUAGGCUAGGAGUUCUCGAUGUGGACACAGUGUAUCCGUCGCCCCGCUGUCCGCAAAUUCGACUAUUAUAGUUACUAUAUAAGAAUGAGUUUUAUAUCCUACUAUAUGCCCUACCAGCGCCGGCCAUUUGCUGCUGCCCUAUUACACAGUCGCUCAUUAGAGUUAGUUUAGGUAGCCUAGCAUUGCAGCAACAAAAGGCGAAUGAAACUCGGAAACAAGUGAUCUUCCCCAGUUGGCAAUAGCAAACAGCGCACGGGACGCGCUUGUUGAAGCUCUCGUCGUGGUGAAUAAAUGGUUUAUCUAAAUGGUGUGCCUUUCGGUGAGAGCGAAUCGGAAGGUGUGCAGUAUUUUAAAA